UCCCACCGCCGGCUCCUCCCGGGCGGGCGGCGCUCCGGCCCGGGCAGUGUCAGUCACAGCCGCGGCAGCAGCGAGCAUGUCCUCCAGUAGGGCCAAGAAAGUGAAGAUGGCCACCAAGUCCUGCCCGGAGUGCGACCAGCAGGUUCCUGUUGCAUGUAAAUCAUGUCCCUGUGGCUACAUAUUUAUUAGUCGAAAACUCUUGCAUGCUAAACGUUCUGAGAGAUCACCACCCAUCACAGAAAACAAGAGUGAGGCCAAAAGGAGGAGGACAGAGAGAGUUAAGCGAGAGAAGAUAAAUUCUGCAGUAAAUAAAGACUUAGAAAACCGAAAAAGAUCCAGGUCUAACAGCCAUUCAGAUCACAGCAGAAGAGGAAGAGGAAGACCUAAAAGUGCCUCAGCAAAAAAGCACGAGGAAGAAAGAGAGAAACAAGAAAAAGAAGUUGACAUGUAUGCUAACCUUUCAGAUGAAAAGGCCUUCGUAUUUUCGGUGGCCUUGGCGGAAAUAAACAGAAAAAUUAUCAAUCAAAGACUUAUUCUGUGACUUUUAAGCACAGUGUGGUGCAGUUUAUGCAGGAUGGCUGGCAGAUUGCCAAGGUGUCAUGGACUCUUGGGAAGUGCGUUGUCUACACCAACAAGGACCAUAGUAUUUCCUGUUAAAAUUCUGCUGCUGUUCUUGGAAGUCAAAUUCAGUCUCUACCAGAAAGAAAGUGUUCACAACGCUGUGCUGUGAGAAAUCAGGAAGCAGAUGUGUUUUACGCCUUGAAGACAAUUGUUAGACAAAUGCACAGAGAGACUGCACCUAUUCCAGAGCACUUCUCUUGAAUUUGCUGCCAGAAAUGCAAUAUUUUAAAUAUUUUCAGAAAUAAAUGAUUUUCCUUUAAAAUUAUAUAUUUCAGAUUUUUCAGCUAUAUUGCAGUUUACGUAUGUACAGUUCGCAUAACUUUUUAAUAAAUUGAUAUUCCAAUA